CCAAUUGAACCAUUGGUCAAAUACGUUUGGAACAAAGUUGCUGUGAAUUAGAAAUGUUUAAAUAUUUGCUGUUGGCAGUUUUCAUUCCAGGCGUUCUGCUGCAGAAUGCUGAUGAUAUUGACUUCGAGGAUUGGGAUAUUGUAGCUGUUCGUGCAUGCGACGGAGAACGCCCUCUUCCUCCAGUAGUCCGACUGCGAGAUUGUCCAACGCUGCCUUGUCUUCUUCCACGUGGAUCAGAUGCUAUGAUGGCUGUGGAUUUCACUGCAGUUGCGGAUGCUUCUAAUUUGCGCAGUCAAGUAACGGCCACGGCUUUGGGCAUUACUGCUCCUUAUGAACUGCCAGAGGAACGUGCAGCGGCAUGCAACUGGUUGGUACAAACCCGAUGUCCGGUGACUGCUGGAGAGGACCUAGUUCAUCAUCUGAGUAUGCCGAUUACGUCCGUAUAUCCCUUAGUCAGUGUUGCCAUUGAAAUGGAUUUGGUGGAUGAGGAGAGUCAAUCGCAUGCGUGCUUCAUUGUCGACGCUCGUGUAGUUGCAUCGUGAAUGGCGGCGGAGAUGUCUUUUAGCUUAACACGUCACAUUUUUUCUUUCGUUCAACUGUUACCAGCUAUGGAUUUACGAAUUGGUUCUGUAAAUUAUCGAAUAUACGACGAUUCAAGUUCUCGAAAGGUCAUCACUAAAGCUGGGUAAAAAAUUGUUUAUUUUGAAAGGUUCAAUGUGACUACAACUAUAACUUUUAAGUUAUUGAUUAAAAAAAUUCCAUUAUGAUUUGUUGUUACAUUUAUCUUCAAGUAAAACUCAGUUUAGUUUUCGCUUCAAGAAGCGAAUGUUAAUAAGAGUUGUUAGAUUUUUCUCUAUGGCUUGUAUUCAACCUAAUAACUGAACUUCUUUGAUUUCAAAAAUUAGACUCGAUAGAAAAUUUUGUUUUUACUAGCGGUCUCUAUCACCAUUUAUAUUCCGUUUCAUUUCCACUUUCAACUAAUGAAGUACAGUAAAACUGCAGAAAUUAUCCGAAAAAUGUUUCACUUGGAGGAAAUUAUUAUAGCUUCAUAGCUUAGUUUAUUUCUUGUUAACCUGAAUACAUAGUACAGUGAUUUUAAAAAAUCUUUAGAGCAGACACCUGAAAACGUUUUUUCCAGAAUAUAUUUAAUCCUAGCAGCCUGAUGAUCAACAGAUUCUUUGACGAUUAUAAUAUAGGUGCCAGUAAAGUAAAUAAAAUAGAGGCUCGGGUAUAAU